AUGGCACCAGUGACCAACGGACGCGUACUCUUCACCUCUGUCCCCUCUGGCCUCCCCAUCCCUGGCCAGUCGACCAUCUACGACACCUCUGAGCUCAUCGACCCGGACAACGUGCCGCUGGACGGCGGCUUCCUCCUGAAGACACUAGAGCUUUCUAUUGAGCCAUACAUGACCACCAUGAUGCGCGGGCCAGGGGGAAAGUACCUGCCUGCGUACGAAAUUGGGAAACCGACGACAGGUCCAGGCGUCGCCAUGGUCGUGCGCUCGGAGCACGCGGAUGUGAAAGCUGGCGAGCACCUUCUGGGCCUCGUAGAGCAUGUACAAUAUGCGGUCCGGAAAGACCUUGAUAAUUCCCAAGUCAUCGACAACAAGUACCACCUCUCUUGGUCAACGUUCACAGGCGUGUUGGGGGUUCCUGGGAGAACGGCAUACAUGGGAUGGAAGGGAUAUUCACAUGCAAAGGCGGGCCAGGUCGUGUUUGUAUCGGUCGGUGCGGGAUGCGUUGGCUCGCUUGUUAUCCAACUCGCGAAGGCAGACGGCCUCAAGGUCAUUGCCUCUACAGGCUCGGAUGAAGGGAAGGCCCCAUCGACAUAUACUGGGAUAACGCGGGUGGAGAGACGCUCGAAGCUGCUCUCGACAACGCCAGAAUGCGGCAUGAUCUCUGGGUACAAUACAGGAGGUGCCCCCGUCCGUAACCUCCUCAAUGUGGUCUCCAAGUCGAUAACCAUGACUGGCUUCGUAGUGUAUGGGCUCUAUGCCAAGUACACUGCCGCUUUCUACGCGGAGGUCAUGUCGAAGUUCGCCAAGGGGGAGAUCAAGCAUCGCGAGCACGUUUAUGAUGGGUUGGAGCGGGCCGGGGAGGCGAUUCGGGCUGUUCACACUGGUGAGAAUAAGGGGAAGGCAGUUGUGCAUGUCGCGGACGAUUAG